AUGGCUUUUCAAACCAACGUACUUCGCGACGGCCAGUGGGUUACCGAGACGGUCAAUUUAGCCACCAACUCUAGGCGUUUUGACAAGAACUGUGCAAACGGAUAUUGCCUUCAUCGGGGAACAUUUCGUCCAGAUCAUGCCGUCGUUCUUGGCGUAGGCUCAGACUCCGGCAUUAUUAAUGGUACUGUGGCAGUCCGAGCCAAGUCAGAGGACGGCAGCCCCCAAUGGCGUCAGCCGGCUGCUGAACCAGACGACUCUCCAACGCCUCAAGCUGGCAUCCCUCCACAAGUGCUGGCCCUCAUGCUUGAGAAUGGUGACAUAGUCUUUCUGUUCCUCCGUAAGAGGCCCGACUCGACACUCGAAUUCGUCGUCAGCAAGCACAAGCUGCCAAGAUUAGUUCCAUACAUCGGUUAUCAUUUAGCCGUAGAUCCAUCUUCUCGAUACAUGGCUGCUUCGACCCCCGAGGGUGUCUUGAUUGUAUACGAGUUACAGUCUUGGACAGACCUCAAGUCGCGAUACAUCGAGGAUGGAUCUUUCUCGCCCAUUCGCCGGAUUCAUUUACGCACUGUUCAAGGAGUCAUACACAACAUGAACUUCCUUUUUCCGCGUCCCGAGGACGACUAUCACAUCAUCCUUCUGCUCAUUGUCAUUCGCAAGGAAAGGCCGACUGCUGAGCCGGUUUCGAGAAUGCUUACGUACGACUGGGAGCUUGGUGAUAACCUCAAGACUGUCUUUCAUGAGGAAAAGACUGGAAACCGUUUACCGGCCGAGCACAAAAUGCCAAUUUUGUUGAUCCCGCUCAAAUUCAAAACGGCUUUUUUCGCCGUAUCUAAGAAUAGUAUCGGCGUCGUCAAGCAUGCCCUAUCUGGCUCUCCCGAGUAUGAGCGAUUGAGCACCGAUAUGCCAAAGCGAACCAAGUUUCACAACGGCAAGGGUGAACCGUUGUGGACUGCAUGGACGCGCCCAGCACGGCGGCAUGCAUAUUUUCAGCGAACAGACAUUAUAUUUCUCGCCCGCGAGGACGGCGCCUUUAUCUUUGUGGAUAUCGACCAGAAAGAGAUGGUGCCUUCCGUCAUCAAUGUCGGCUGUUUGGAAACCAACAUAAACACAGCUUUUGCAACAUCGUACGAUCUCUUUUCCGACGUCUUGAUCGUUGGUGGAGACUCAGGCCCUGGUGGCGUAUGGAAGCUGGCGCCUCGAACUGACCUCGACCAAGUUAAUGUAACGCCAAACUGGUCCCCUGUUGUUGAUGUAGCAACGACCUACGAGCCGGUGAUAGCGAGAGACCCUGGAGCUCGACAGAGAAAUGGACCCAGUAUGACCGGCCGAAAGCCCGACAGCAUCUUCACAGCAUCCGGGAGAGGCUGCAAAGGAAGUAUAACGCAAUGGCGCUCGGGAGUUCAGGCCAAGAUCGGGCUGGAUAUUGAAUCAGGUGAACCAAAUAAGCAGGCAUGGAUUUUCCCCGUCAACGAACAAGGAGGUCCCGCUCUCUUUGGAAUUCUCACUCUCCCGCACUCAACUCGGGUCCUGCAAUUUGCCAAAGACUUCAGCCAGGUCCAAGAGAUAGAAGGCGAGGAUACUUUAUUGGAUCUUUCCAGCCGUACUCUUUUUGCAACCCAGCAACCUGACAGCAGCAUUUUGCAAAUCACCGAAGCAUUUAUCUGUAUCACCGGCCCCGCUGAAAAAUCUCGGACAACAUUUGAAGAGUUACUUGGCGCGCCUGACAUGCGAAUUGACAAAGCCCAUAGCCAUGCGAACGCGAUUAUUCUGUGUGCGCAAGACAGAGACCGAGCUGAGAUAUUCGUCGUGAAGCAACAAGCUGCCAGCUUCAAUCUUGUCAAGACCUGGACGAUAGAGGGUGAAGUCACGGCCGUGAGCCUCUUGAAUGUCCUGGGGGAGAGACUGGCAGCUGUCGCAUCUAUUGGUGAAGGGCAGCCGAGUCUCUCUCUCUACACAUUGGAUGGCCACCGGAAUGCCGAGACAGCUCUGAGCACACAAGGUAACGCAGCUGAUUCUCUGGGCCUUGAGGCUAUAACGAGCAUAUGCGCCGUGGAUGACGAGUUGAAAGCGCCCGUGCUAGUACUGGGUACCAGCCUCGACGAUAACCUUUCGGAGCACGUCGGACACAUGUCAUUGCUCAUGCUGGCGGGAUCCAGAAUUUUGAUGACGGAUAUCUGGCCACAAGUCGGGCUUGUGCCCCGAUCGAUGACGCUCGAGGGAUCGCCCUCAAGAGUUAUUUACUCGCGAACAUGGAAGUGCCUCAUCGUUGCUUUGCUUAAGAAUGACCGGCCAACCCUGGAAUUCUUGGAUCCCGAGACAGGUGCAAUGAUCUCUGACCCCUCGGACAAGGAAAAGAAUUCUUCAGAGUUCAUUUCCGGCUUGGGUCAUGAAGGGGACCGAAUUUACGGCCUGCACGAAUGGCUCUAUGUCAAAGAUGGGCGAACCUUUUCUUUCAUUCUCGUGACGACGAAAGAUGGCCGACUCUUAAUAGUGUCAUUGAAGGAGACGGAAGCGAUGACAGAAGACGGAGCGGUGCGGCGUCUCAAAUACUGGACACGAUACAAGAAAUGGCUUCCUGGGCCAGUCAGCGCCAUCACCGGCGAUGCUGAUGGGCUGAUAUUCUGUGUGGACCGCACACUGCACUGGGAGGUUUUGGAUCUGGUCGAUAAAAAGCUCAAGCCGAUGAAGGAAUAUCAACUGGACUCUCCAGCAGUUCAGCUGAAAAUAGUGGAUGGCAAAAUUCAUGCUUUGACAUUGACAAACUCGCUGGAAAUUAUCGACCAUCGCACAAAUACCGGAACUGGCAUGCUUCUGCUUCACACGGAUCAGGUGGCGAGGCGGACCAUCCAUAUGCUGGACAUUGGCAGCAACGUUGAAGGCUCAGAAGCCGGACCCGUUACGUUAUUGGCAGACUAUAGAAAUGGAUUCGCAGGUGUAUGGGUUCCCCAUGGCCAAGACAACCACGAGCUACAGGCAGUGUUCGAGGGUCUUUUACCCAGCUCUGUGCGUCGCUUUGUCAAAACUUGGAGCCGGCCGCCGUGGGUGGCUGCGAACCGAGCAUUACGCUACGGGGCGCUACCUAGCAGCAACGACGGGGCAGAGAUUCUGGGGGUAGGGUUGGACGGUGCCUUGUAUCAAUUUACACUGAUCGAAGUCGAGCUCUGGCGGCUUCUCUGCCUCAUACAGACUCUGGCACAUCGCAGCCCGUUGCUAUAUCCGCUUUACAACCCAGCAAUAGGCAGCGACUCUGGUGACGAGGAUGCGGAGUUGGAGCCUCAACUGCAUCCCAGAUUGAUGCACAUUGAUGGCGAUAUUCUGGAAAAAUGUACAGAAUGGCGGGUGCUGGAAAAGAUAGUGGGCAACGGGGACGGGCUCGAUUUGUUCUGCGAAUACCUUGACGGCAUCGAGGGCGGGUUGUGCACCGGCAGCUUCCGGGACAGCACAGAUGAAGAAUGGCGCUACAACAAAUAUUUUGAAGUGGCCUAUGAUAUAUUAGAAUAUCUCUUGGCCCCAGUUAUAUAG